AUGCUAUUCAGUGCUUUAGUAGCUAAUGUGGCGUCAGCUGCAGAUUUAGCUGGAUUUGAUUAUGCUACUAAGUUUGCUUCUGAAUGUGAUUAUUGGUUAUAUCCAAUGUGGACAGUGGAUUAUUCAUUUUAUAACGUCGAAGCUGGAAAAACCCUAUGUAUAGUGGGGUCUGUUAUCCUUGGUGCAAACACAUCUUUUAAAGCAACUGCUUAUUUCCCCAAAAUAUCAAGUACUGCCAAUGAAUACGAAGAGUCUAAAGAGAUCGAAAAUCCUGUUGCUGUUGUUGGAAAAUACGAAUUUGAUAACACUAAAGGACAAUUAAGUUUAAUUCCAGUUACAAAAAUAAAACCAUGUAGCCCUCUUAGACUUCAAUACGUUGCAGCGAUGCCAUCAUUGAAAUUGUCAUACAAGGCCAACGGAAAUUCAUAUACUGCAGAGUCAAAUACUUUUGUUUCCACAGCCAGAAAAGAUAAUGUCAAACUGUCCUUCCACAUUAAAUCUUCUUCUAAAAGAGCUGAUGCCUUAUAUUCAAUUUCUAAUAAGAAUUUAACGUAUAAAUUUAAUAGAGACAAAGAAGUUACAAUACAAACUAACCGUGAUAUACUUGGUCUUUCUAAGCCAUUCACAGAUUAUGAAGGAACAGUUGGAACCUAUAAAGGUAUAACUAUUCAGCCCAUUCUUUCCGCAUUUGAUACAGCAACAGAUAUUACCACUGGCAAAAUAACUUUUUCAUUUUCUGGAGAUGUAAAACUUUCUUGGGAAGAAGCAGCGGCAUCUUCUGCUGAUCAAAAUGAAGAGUUCUAUUUCCCAGAGUUCACAACUUCACUAACAACAAAGAGUGGUAUUUUCACCAAGGAUGAUGUCGAUGUGAAGUAUCCAUCUGGAUUACCAUGGUGGGCUAUUCUUUUGAUUGUUAUUGCUGUAAUCAUUGUCAUUGCCAUAAUAGUCGUUGUUAUCAUUCUUGUCAUUAAGAAGAAGAAAGACAAAAGUAGCAGCAGUAGCAGCAGUAGUAGCAAGAAGAAGAAUGCCGAGGCAGAUGGAGCUGCUUAA